CCUCAGGAUGCUGCUGUGCUCUGGAGCUCAGGCAGCCCCCCGCCUCUGCUAGGCAGCAUGGAUGGUGCUCUUGCGACGACCUCUACUGAUUCUCUCCGUCCACUGCGGCUGGGCAUGCUGAGGAGCCCUGCUGUCAAUGGGCGAGGACGCGGACACGCGGAAAAUUAACCACAGCUUUCUCCGAGACCACAGCUAUGUGACCGAAGAUACUACUUGCUGGAUGCAGAGUGGGUGGAUUCAACUUUCUUCUGGAGCCUGAACAGGUCAUCACCGGGAAAUUUCACACCUUACCUGGCUCUCGUGGAGAAUAUGGAAGGUGAAAGCAUCUAUGAAGUUGACUCUGAAGAUGGGGUUGGAGCUGACAUUAUUUCUACAGUCGAGUUCAACCACACGGGAGAACUGCUGGCCACUGGGGACAAGGGGGGCCGGGUUGUCAUAUUCCAAAGGGAACCAGAGAGUAAGAAUGAGCCUCACAGCCAGGGCGAGUACAAUGUUUACAGCACUUUCCAGAGCCAUGAGCCGGAGUUUGACUAUUUGAAGAGCUUGGAGAUAGAAGAGAAAAUUAACAAGAUUAAAUGGCUCCCCCAGCAGAAUGCAGCCCAUUCUCUCUUGUCCACAAAUGAUAAAACUAUCAAAUUAUGGAAGGUUACUGAACGUGAUAAGAGGCCCGAGGGAUAUAACUUAAAAGAUGAAGAAGGAAAACUCAAAGACUUGUCUACAGUGACAUCACUACAGGUGCCUGUGCUGAAGCCCAUGGAUCUGAUGGUGGAGGUCAGCCCCCGGAGAAUCUUUGCCAAUGGUCAUACCUAUCACAUCAACUCCAUUUCUGUCAAUAGCGACUGUGAGACUUACAUGUCUGCGGAUGACCUCCGAAUUAACCUCUGGCACUUAGCAAUCACGGAUAGGAGCUUCAACAUUGUGGACAUCAAGCCUGCCAACAUGGAGGACCUGACUGAAGUGAUUACGGCCUCAGAGUUCCAUCCCCACCACUGUAACCUCUUCGUCUACAGCAGCAGUAAAGGAUCCCUGAGAUUGUGCGACAUGAGAGCAUCGGCCCUCUGUGACAAGCACUCCAAGCUUUUUGAAGAACCCGAAGACCCCAGUAACAGAUCCUUCUUCUCUGAAAUCAUCUCCUCGGUGUCAGACGUCAAAUUCAGCCACAGUGGCCGGUUCAUGCUCACCAGGGAUUACCUCACGGUCAAAGUUUGGGAUCUGAAUAUGGAAACAAAGCCUAUAGAAACAUACCAGGUUCACGAUUACCUUAGGAGCAAGCUGUGUUCCCUGUAUGAAAAUGACUGCAUUUUUGACAAGUUUGAGUGUGCCUGGAAUGGAUCUGACAGUGUCAUCAUGACUGGUGCCUACAAUAAUUUCUUCAGAAUGUUUGACCGGAACACCAAGCGUGAUGUCACCCUGGAGGCCUCCAGGGAGAGCAGCAAGCCCCGGGCCAUCCUCAAGCCUCGCCGUGUCUGCGUGGGUGGCAAGCGCAGGAAAGAUGACAUCAGCGUGGACAGCUUGGACUUUACCAAGAAGAUACUUCACACGGCCUGGCAUCCCGCCGAGAACAUCAUUGCCAUUGCAGCGACAAACAAUCUUUACAUAUUCCAGGAUAAAGUGAACUCAGAGAUGCACUAGGUUUAUCAAUAAUCCUCUGUAUUUAUCAACCAGCCUUUUGCAGAUUGUCUGUGACCAUCAGAGAGAGAAACAGAGCAAAAGAAAAGUGGUUGUGGUGGUGGAAUUUGUCCUUCUCUGUCCCAGCUGCCCACCGCCGCCUCACCCUCCCAACCCCCCAGAAUCCCCCAAGAUGAUGAUGAUGCUGAUGGCCAUUUAAUAAAGCAGAAACCCAGAAUUCAAUGUAACUAAGAGGCAAAAGGCACUCCAGCAAGGUGACAGGCUUGUCAGUUUUUUAACAAAUAGGGUCCAUUAUACACUCUCUUCCUAGGUCUUUAGUGUUUACCACAUUAUUAGAGCUUUUUUACAUCCACAGGUUAAGUUUCCACUUCAAGCUUCUCUCGGCACUUUGGUUCCUAUACAGACUUAGCAUGAGGGAUGGAGAAACCUUGCUCCAUCACCAUGGCUCUGGAGACAGCUGAUGAACCCGAGACCAGCUCUUAUGGUUGGCCUGGAAAGAACCCAGGUUCAAACACUGACCUUGCUAUUUAUUCACUAUAUGAUCUUGGGCACGUCACUUCUCUCUUUUUUUGGGGGGGGGCUCAGUUUCUUCCUCUGUAAAAUGGGAGGAAGUUCAACUGAACGAUCUCUAAGGUUCUUUCCAGGUCUCAUUGUUUUAGGACUAACAUUCACUCUCUCUUUUUCUCCCACCCACCUCCCUCACAUCCAAAAGCAACUCCACAUAUUUGCCAAGUUCAUUCAGUUUUACUUUCCCCUCCUUAAAUAAUCCAGGUUUAUUUCAAUUUCUGGAGGAAAAAAAAUGGUGACUCAUGAUGGCUAGUGGUCCUUGAGACCUGACUUUAAGGUGACUUUUUCAUCUCUGUAGGAUAUGCAUCCUGGAAGAGAUAGAAACAAAUUCGAUUUGGCUUAUGUUCUGCAGAUCUCAGAAGGUAGGAGGUGGCCUGUUAAAAGCAUUGUCUUCCAUGGCUGGUACAAGGAGUAUUGGAAAGAACCCUGGAUUGGGAGGGAGAUGACCUGGGUUAGAUACUACCUCUGCUGUAUGUUAUCUUGGGCAAGUCAAUUCAUCUCCCUGAGCCUCAGUUUCCUCAAUGUGCAAAACGAUGUAGUUAGACAUGAUGCACCCUAGGGUCUCUUCCUUCUCUAAAUGGGAUCAUAGGAUUUUAGGACUGGAAGGGUUCUUAAGGAUCAUUUAAUUUCCAUUUUCCAGAUGAAGAAAAUUAGGCCCAAGGAAGAAAAAUAACUUGCUCAAUGAGGCCACACACAGGUAGUCAGUGGCAGAGCUGGCAUUCUCACUCAGGUCCUCUGUCUCUGAAGCCAAUGCUUGCUCAUUGCCCCCACACCAUGCUGCCUACAAUCCCAAGUUUGCUCUGCCAUGUUUAAAGGUUAUGAGCUUCGCCCUCUGUGUGCAUGUGCUGCUCAUUACCCAAUGGCUCAUGUCCUUGGAUGAUUGAGCUGCCUCUAAAAAUUAAAAAAAAAAAAACCAGCCCAUUUAGAAUCCAUUUUUUGGGGGGAGGG